AUGGAGGUGUUCGAUAAGGAUGGUAACGGUUUUAUAUCAGCGGCUGAAUUGCGUCACGUAAUGACGAAUUUGGGUGAGAAAUUAACCGACGAAGAGGUGGACGAGAUGAUAAGGGAGGCGGACAUUGACGGCGAUGGACAGGUCAAUUACGAAGAUAAAGUGAAAGACGUGGUUCUAAGUGGGCAUCGUUAUGAUCUUAGAGCGAGCAAGUCAGUCUCAAGCGUUAAAAGGUGUUAA